GUCAAUGACAAGGAACCGUGAAGGCAGACUCGGAGAUGUAAACAAAGGGAUGUGGGCCUUUCAGCUGGCCUUGUGAUACGCUGAUCACAUUGUGCCAAGUCAAUGACAAGGGACCAUGAAGGCAGACUCGGAGAUGUAAACAAAGGGAUGUGGGCCUUUCAGCUGGCCUUGCGAUACGCCGCCUGCGAAACGUGAUGGUUUGGGUGGGAUGCCAAGAGCACGAGGAGGUUUUGCACACUGGCAACACGGAUGACAGCGGAUUUUACGGCCGAGCCGUGACGUCAGCGGGGGAUGUUGCCGGUCCAGCUGUGUGCCACGGCCUCACACAUCUGCCUGACCAGACUAGUCACGUUAGCUGCUCUGCAGCUAGCUGUUGCGUCACGUUGAGUCUGGGGAAAUUCACCCCUAGCGUCCUCGGUCGCAUGUAUGUCUGACGGUCUUUGUGAUGAUUUUUCUUCCAUGCCAGGUCUGGCACGUGAGCAGACACUAUGGCCACGCAAGAGCCCUCCCCUCCUUCGUCAAUGGAAAGCAACAAACCGGGCUUCCCCAAGAAGAUUUUGGCCAACAAGGUGGAGGACAAGCACCUGUGUAACUACUGCCACAACAUACUCCGAAGGCCGUUCCAAGCACAGUGCGGACAUCGUUUUUGUUCCUAUUGCUUUAACAGGACCGUGAGCAAUGGACCUCAGAAGUGCAACGCGUGCAUAAAAGAGGAUAUUUUUGAAGAGCCCACGUCAAUUCUGAAACAAGGAUGUGCUUUUCCUGACAAUGCCGCUCGGAGAGAAGUGGAGAAUCUGUCCGCUGUUUGUAUUAACGAAAGUUGCACGUGGAAAGGCAGUAUUAAAGAGUACGAGAUAAACCAUGAGGGGAAAUGUGAGUUUAUGAUCAUCCCCUGCCCUUCCUGUAAAGAACGAAUCCGCUUCAAUGAACAGGAACGCCAUAAUGAGCGAGAGUGCCCUGAGAGAACACUCAACUGCAAGUACUGCAAGGAACCAUUUCACUUCAAAAAUAUCAAGGCACAUGAUGAGAUCUGUCCCAAGUAUCCAAUGAUCUGUGAAGGCUGUGCCAAGAAAAAAAUACCCAGAGAAAAGUAUGUGGACCAUAUCAAGUUCUGCAGCAAGUUCAGAACUCCAUGUCGAUUUCAUGUCGUGGGUUGUGAUAUGUCAGUGGAGAAGGACAAGAUCCAUGACCAUGAGCGUGCAUGCGCCUAUGAGCACCUCAACUUGCUGCUGCACUACAUUAUGGGCAUGAAAGUAAGCAUGGAAGGCCUGCAGCCCCAAGGCCUGGAGCUAGCUGGACACAGAUUGGUUGAACUCCACCAGUCCCUCAGGGAGCUCGAGGCAAGAGUCUCCCAGCUCAGCAACACCUCCUCUGGGCCUCCCGUGCAGGGGGCCACCUCCUCUUCCUCCAGCUCUGGUCUACCCGGUCCAUCUGCUUCAGCUCCCCUCCCACCUCCUCCCACUCUGGCUCCCACCCUAUCUGUUUCUACCUCCUUCACGCCACUGCCAAGUUCAGUGGGCGCAGCUCUGGAGCUCCAGCUGCACAGUGAGAAGACUAAGGUGGCUGAGCUGGGCCGCAGGUGCACGGAGCUUGAAGUUAAGGCUGGCACAUUUGAAAAUGUGGUGUGUGUCCUGAAUAGGGAGGUGGAGAGGUUUGCCACGACCAUGGAGGCCAGCAAUCGCCAACACAGAUUAGACCAAGAUAAGAUCGAGGCUCUUAGUAAUAAGGUGCGCCAGCUGGAGAGGACGGUGGGGCUGAAGGAUCUGACUGUCGCCGAGAUGGAGGGCAGGCUGAGGGAAAUGUCCGCCACCACCUUUGAUGGUGUCUUCGUCUGGCGGAUCUCAGAUUUCACCAAGAAGAGGCAGGAUGCCAUUGCUGGGCGAGCCCCCGCUAUGUUCUCCCCAGCCUUCUACACCAGUAAAUAUGGCUAUAAGAUGUGCCUGCGGAUUUAUCUUAAUGGAGACGGGACAGGGCGUGGCAGCCACUUGUCCCUGUUCUUCGUCGUGAUGAGGGGACUGAGUGAUGCCCUGCUCAAAUGGCCCUUCAACCAGAAGGUGACUCUGAUGCUGCUGGACCAGAGCAAUAGGGAGCACAUCAUUGACGCUUUCCGGCCUGACGUCACGUCCUCCUCCUUCCAGAGGCCAGUGAGUGAGAUGAACAUCGCCAGCGGCUGCCCGCUCUUCUGUCCGCUUUCCAAACUCGACUCCAAAAACUCGUACAUCCGCGAUGACACCAUCUUCAUCAAGGCGAUAGUGGAUCUCACAGGCCUUUAGAGAGCUACGCAGCAGUAGAGGGGUUAGGCAACUGUGCAGUUCGGCGACCGUUCAGGUCCUGUUUCGGCUCCGUUUUGGUCCCUUCACAACCCUGUUGAGGCAUCUUAUCGUCCCCUGCAGUUUAUCGGGAGACAGCCGUGCUUGCAAGCGUAUGCUGCACGCGGCUCCGGUUUGCUCGUUGUGGAAGAGGCCCUGGCGUUGUCAAAUCCGCUGUUCUCCCGGAGUGAGUCUCUGUGAUUUGCCGUGCAUUGUAGCCGCAACCGUUUUUUUAGGUUUACGUCGCCUCGAAACACAGUUUCCCCAGAGGGGGUAGUCGUCCCUUUAGCGCAGCGCGUCGAUUCAAAGAGCCAAUAACGCAGACACCGGUGCAACACGGGUCAGUGCAGAGUUGAGCGACCGGUUAGCGUGGCCUCAGUCGCGGCGCUAGAGUAGGAGCGCAAGGAGCGACGUAAAGAGCGGCGUCUUUUCACCGCCCGCUCGGAGAUGACCGGUGGUGUCGGAGAACGUGGACCGUCGCCGCUAGAAUCUUAAUUUGUAGAUAGUAGAUAGUGUUCAGCUCACGGAUGGGAUCUCGCUCGUGUCGGCGCAGGAGGGCAGCAGACUGCUUACAGUAGAGUUAGUGCGUGGCUUGACUAUUUCCUUUCUCUUAUCUUGCCCAUUUGACCUGUAAAUACGGUUCAUUUCUCCAAUGCCGUUGUUGGUUAAAUUUGCAUAGACAAACGUGGAGUUAUGUUACGAAUAAGAUAACGGGGCGUUCCUUUUGCCUUUUUUCGCGCGACGUGCAUGCAGCUAGAGCUAAUCGGCCUGAUCGGCGUGGGACCGCCCCCUUGUUCUCCCCUCGCGCUUGCUCGACGAAGGUUCUUUGUUGUGGAAGUUGAUAGUGAAUUAGCCAUCCGUGAUGGUGGACAUUGCCUGCAUGUCUUCGGAUCCGGGCGUUUUACGUGUAGAGUUCGUGUCGCGUACGUGUCGGUGUUAGGGGUUGGUGGUUUUGAUCGGUGGUUCGGUACAUCUGUGGAAGAUAAAAUAGAGUUAUCAGGGAGUCCGGGGCAGUUUGCAGAGGUCAAGCCUGAGUCAUGUACGUGCGGUUUUUUUUGUCUCAUGACAAAAAAAAAAAAUGCACGCAGCUGAAGUUUUCUCCAGAUUCUGCUCAGUAGCUCAUACUUCACGACACAUGGUACUGUGCCCCACCACAGAUGGACGUUAAAGCAGAAUCCAUACAGUGAGAGGAAUCGUUUCGUUCCUUGUUUUAUGUCCAUAUACAGUGCAUUCUUGUCUCGGCUGCUCCUAGAUAGAAUACCGGUAUGAAUCAAAUA